AUGAGAGUUUUCCGGGAUCAAGUUUACACAAAUCGAGAUGAUAUUCCGUUGAAAGAAGUUGGAACUGAGGAGAGUGAUGAUGAAGAAAAGCAAAUCUAUCCACCGAUCUCAAAGCUUGCUCCCGUUUUGAUCGGCCUUUGCUUUCAAUCUUUUUGUAUUGCCUUGGACAACACAAUCCUCUCAACCGCCGUCCCCAAGAUCACUGAACAAUUCAACUCACUAGGUGAUAUAUCGUGGUAUGCAAGCGCUUAUCUUUUAACUACAUGCGCCGUCACUCUGCCAUUUGGCAAGAUAUACACAUAUUAUUCGACAAAGUGGACAUAUAUGGUGGCUCUGGGCAUGUUUGAACUUGGGUCUCUUAUAUGCGCAGUGACCCCAACAUCGAAGGGAUUGAUCUUUGGGCGAGCAAUUGCCGGCAUCGGGUCUGGAGGACUGUCGCCAGGUGCUCUCCUUGUGCUCGCGAAUAGUGUGCCCCUUCACCGGCGUGCCAUUUAUUUCGGAAUCAUCGGUAGCACUAGUGGAAUUGCGACAAUCACAGGACCACUGCUUGGAGGACUUUUAACUGAUCACGCCAGUUGGAGGUGGUGCUUUUGGAUAAAUCUACCGUUUGGUAUCCUCACCGGCCUUGUCAUUUUACUUUUUUUCAAGGAUUCCACGUCACCAAAACCCAAGGUCAGUCGCCUUGGGCAGCUAAAGCGAAUGGAUCCUCUUGGUGUGCUUGCAUUUAUCCCCGCGGUCGUCUCCCUUCUAUUGGGUCUGCAAUGGGGCGGCACCAAAUACAGUUGGAACAGUCCUAGAAUAAUUGCGCUAUUUACUCUGUUUGGUAUAUUCAGCUCUGCAUGGUGCAUUAUCCAGGUCUGGAAGCAGGACGACGCUACAGUACCCCCUCGUUUACUCAAGAAUCGCAAUGUGCUUGGGGCAGUGAUUCAUGCUACAUUCCUCGGGGGCUCCUUUUUUGUCUUUGGAUACUAUAUCCCUAUCUGGUUUCAAGCAGUCAAGGAAGAUUCUGCAUCGGAAUCCGGAAUCAACAAUCUUCCGAUGGUGAUAGCUAUGAUUGUGUUCUCUGCUUUAGGAGGGCUACUCGUGAAUAUCCUUGGCUACUAUACACCGCUUAUGUUCAUUGGAAGCGCAUUUCUUACAAUCGGCUCUGGAUUGUGUACAACUUUCAAAGUGAACAGCGGACAUCCACAGUGGAUUGGAUACCAAGUCAUUCUUGGAAUUGGAGCCGGACUUGGCUUUCAGCAAUGCAUCAACGCACUUCAGACUGUCCUACCAUUACGGGAUAUACCGAUCGGAAUUGCAAUCAUCACAUUUGCACAGAGCCUCAGUGGCGCAAUGUUUAUUUCGAUUGCCCAAACUGUUUUUGAGAAUCGCCUUGUGGCCAGCAUCGCAGCCAAUGCUCCCGGUGUUAGCCCGAACGCCUUAAUAAACGCCGGGGCCGCAAAUUUAUCCCAACGCGUGCCCAAAGAUAUUCUGCCCACCGUCCUACGCGCCUAUAACACAGCCGUCAUUCAAACGUUCUACGUGUCUGUUGCUGGCGCACUUCUAUCUUUUAUCGGUGCUGGGCUUGUUCAGUGGAAAUCCAUGAAACGACGACAGAAAUAUGACGGCGCAGAUUGA